AUGGCUAGUUCGUUCGAGUCUCAGCCUGUCCCAGCGGCGAAUCAAACUAGCCCUAACGCAUGGUCAACACAACCAAAGGGCUUUAUGUUUAUUGUGGGUGCCGUCAUCAUAGUAAAUAGUAUCGAAGACGUGUUGAAUGGUGCUCUGGAGGAACUAGACGAGAAAUCCGCGGAUCAACCUGACGAUUCACAAACACCUCAUAUACCACCACUUAACGACAACCAUUCCCGAGCUCCUAUAAAAUCGACUGCUGCGUCUCCUACAUCUACAGCAAGGUGGACAAGAGAAGAAACUGCAGUCUACAUGGAACACUUGGCAUCACUCACCAACGAGGGUCUAUUCGAUUCCGAUCAUUGGACUAUCUGGCGGCCUGCAUGGUUCCGCCUUCUUGACGAAUUAAAUAAGUUUUCGCCCACUAAACCCUGGCCCAUCGAAUCAAUGAGGAUGAAGCGCAAUAACGGUGCCGACGUGAGCGAAAAUGGGUGCUCUAUUUUAUCUGAUCAACAAUGGAAGAGAUUCAUAAAACAGCAUCCUGGUGCUAAAUGGCUCAGGAAAACCCCCCGGGGCAACGAGAAGCUCUACGCUCAAACAUUCUCUAUAGAUAUAUCGACUGGAAAUUACAUCAGGCAGGCUGGGGAAGAAGGAGAUCUCACCCUAGGGAGCCGUCAACGUUCUAGCCCCUACGGGUCGGAUACACCUAGUCGACCUAAACACAAACGUCACAGCCAGCAAUACGAUCCCGACCUAAUUGACAAGAUUUCUGACGAUUCUGAUACUGAUACUGAUUCAGCCCCUCCUAUAAAAAGGAAGGUCAUACAACAGGAUCUAAUACGCCAGGCAAUGACUAAUCGUAGCGUUAAAAGAACAAAUAAAGCAUUGAAUACAACGGAGCUCGAGCUAGCGUUUGAUGAGCAUUUGCGUGUGAUGAGUCGCAAACCUGGGUCGUCAGACAUUGAGAAGGCAAUCAGAUAUUUAGACGAACACCUAUUGGAUGAUAUGGAUGAUGAUCAGUUUAUCCGGGCGUGUGAUGCAUAACAGGACUCACUAAUUGCAGCUGCAUUUAACGCUUUAACUGGUGACCGUAAAAAGAGAAAUCCCAAGGCUCAAAUGGAUAGAGCCAACAUACAUCAAUAAGAUACUCUCUUCAGG